AUCCUUGACCCCUUCCUCUGCACAGUGAAUGAUGGCUUUUUUAUCUCCCAGUGAUGAUGCACAGCCUUCAGCUGGAGGCAUUUAAGACACAGAGCACAUGGUCCCCAAGCACAGCUGCAGGAUCCAGAGGUGGACCUUGAGGGGCUCAGGAAGAAGGAAGAGGACGUCUUUGGGAGGAGCAGGAGCAGCCAGCAGCAGUACCACAUCAGCCAGGAAACCAUGCUACUAGCAACAUUUAAGCUGUGUGCUGGGAGCUCCUAUAGACACAUGCGCAACAUGAAGGGGCUGAGGCACCAAGCUGUGUUAGCCAUUGGUCAGGAGCUGAAUCGGAGAGCACUGGGGGACUCAAAUCCUGGCACGUGGAUUAACCAGGUUCGGCGUCGGAGCUCUCUGCUUGGUUCUCGGCUGGAGGAGACUCUCUACAACGAUCAGGAGCUGGCCUAUAUCCAGCAGGGAGAGGCAGCCAUGCAAAAAGCCCUGGGCAUCCUCAGCAACCAGGAGGGCUGGAAGGAAGAGAACCAGCAGGCAAAUGGGGACAAAGUGCUGAGUAAGGUGGUCCCAGAUGUGGGCAAGGUGUUCCGGUUGGAGGUGGUAGUGGACCAGCCCAUGGAAAGGCUCUAUGAAGAACUUGUGGAACGCAUGGAGGCAAUGGGAGAGUGGAACCCGAAUGUCAAGGAGAUCAAGAUCCUGCAGAAGAUUGGAAAAGAUACGGUCAUCACCCAUGAGUUGGCUGCAGAAGCUGCAGGAAACCUGGUGGGGCCCCGUGACUUUGUGAGUGUGCGCUGUGCCAAGCGCCGAGGUUCCACCUGUGUGUUGGCAGGCAUGGCCACACACUUUGGGGAGAUGCCUGAGCAGAAAGGCAUCAUCAGGGCUGAGCAUGGUCCCACAUGUAUGGUACUUCAUCCACUGGCUGGAAGUCCCUCAAAGACCAAACUCACUUGGUUGCUCAGUAUUGAUCUCAAGGGAUGGCUACCAAAGACGAUCAUCAACCAGGUUUUAUCACAGACCCAGAUGGAUUUUGCCAACCACCUGCGCAAGCGCCUGGAGUUCAGCCCUGCCUCUGAGGCCUGGCAUUAGGGCCAUCCUGCUGUUCUGCCACUGCAUUGGCAUGCAUGCACAUCAGGAAAUCCCUGUGGGAACCUUGAAAACCUGUUCAAGAUCUCAUCUGAUGACAUUGGGGGCGGGAGGUGGUAGUUUUAGAGUAAGAGACCAGGACUCAGACUGGCAAAAGUUUUAGUACCAAGAAAAUAGAGAUGAGGCUCUUAGAUAAAAGAGGAAGAAACUUCUCACUAGGUAUUUGUUAAAACUUUCUUCCAGAUCCUUGUAUGUCCAUCAAAAACAUCUUAAAAAUACUAGUGGCUGAUACAGGUGAGGGUAAUGGUAAGGAAUGGGAGCUGCUGCCUUAUGGGCUCAAGAACUCCAUUCCCUGGGUGCCAGUGACUCACGCCUGUAAUCCUAGCUACUAGAGAGGAAGAG